UGAUGAUUUGACAUUAGAAUUUUGACAGCAUGGCUUCCACGGCAGUAGAUUCAGAAAUAACAAAAAGUGAUAAAUAUUCCAUAUUAUUGCCCACCUACAACGAAAGGGAAAAUUUGCCGAUCAUAAUAUGGCUUUUAAUCAAGUAUUUAGACACAAGUGGUUACGACUAUGAAGUGAUUGUAAUAGAUGAUGGGAGUCCUGAUGGUACCUUGGAAGUGGCGAAACAGUUGCAGAAGUUGUAUGGAUCAAAUAAAAUUGUGUUGCAACCCAGGGAGAAAAAAUUAGGUUUAGGCACAGCUUAUAUACACGGUAUGAAACAUGCUACCGGGAACUUUAUCAUUAUUAUGGAUGCGGAUUUAAGCCACCAUCCAAAAUUCAUUCCAAAUUUCAUAGAGCUACAAAAGAAGCAUGAUGUUGACUUGGUAUCAGGCACUCGUUACAGAGAUGGCGGUGGUGUUUAUGGGUGGGAUUUCAAGAGGAAGCUAAUAUCUAGGGGCGCCAACUUUAUCACACAACUGUUGUUACGGCCGGGUGCUUCUGAUUUGACUGGAUCUUUCAGGCUGUACAAAAAGGAUAUAUUGCAAAAAUUAAUAGACAGCUGUGUGUCCAAGGGAUAUGUCUUUCAAAUGGAAAUGAUAAUAAGAGCAAGGCAAUUAGAUUAUACGAUAGGAGAAGUACCAAUAACGUUUGUGGAUCGUGUGUAUGGAGAGUCUAAACUAGGUGGAUCGGAGAUAUUUCAAUUUGCUAAAGCAUUAUUAUACUUAUUUGCAACUACAUAAUUUUAUUCUAUGUUGAAAAAUUAGUUAUUAUAUAUUGGCGACAAAAAAGCUAAAUAUAAUUUAUUUUGUGUACCAGGAAAAAUAUUGUGAAAAGAUCAAUAACCUUUUAAUAAGAAUUACUUUAUUGUCCACUGA